AUGUCGCUCCCUCCCUUAAACCCCGAACAGAAACCGUCUGGGAUCACUCUAGAUCCUAGGACAUUGGAGCGAGUUGUUCCUUCGACACGGAGAGCAGAUGGCAGCGUUCGAAAAGAACUAAAAAUUAGGCCAGGCUUUACCCCUCAGGAAGAUGUCGGCCGCUUUCGUGGGUCGAGGCAACAGGCAGCAGAUAGAGUAGCCUUACCAAAAGGUCAUAUUGUGGGCUGGACUCCGUCAUCUGAAGCUAAGCCAAAGCCUAAACCCGGGGGUCUUGCGGCGGCGGCAGCAGCGGCAGCGGCAGAUACAGCUGGAAUGUCAAAAGCUCAGAAGAAGAAUGCAAAGCGUGCGGAGAAACGCGCCGAAAAGCGUCAACAACCUGUUGUGGUCAAGGAGAACUGGGACGACGACGACGAUGAUGAUGAUGACGAUCAAACUGACCAGAGGAAAGUGGGGGAUGCAAGUGAUAAUAAAGUAUCCGAUAGCAAGACCAAGCCUGUCGAUGUUGAUGCAGUCACCAAAGAAAUUGGUGAGCUCAAGGUUUGA